AUGGCAGGUUCAAGCGCACGCAGGGUGUCAACGCCUUCCAAGACACCUUCUUCUACCAAACGCAAUACAAGCAUUUUGAGCUUCUUCCAAAAGACCGAUAACCCACAAGGAGCGAAAUCGACCCAACUUCGCAUGUCACAUUUCCUCACAUCCUCCCCAAGUUCCGGCCGCGGAAUACCAUCAUUACAACAUGGCGAUAGCUCCAAAAGCGAUACACAUGAAGGAUUGUUCCUAGAAGAUAAGAAAGGACUCGCGAAACUUCAGCAGAAUAGCGCCAAUAUCGAGACGAAACCUAGGGCCCGGUCACGCACACCAGACGAUUUUUGGGGCGAAAAUGACGACACACGAUACAAUGAAAAUGAUUCUGCAGUAAAACGCCGCAAAACGGAUGAAGCCAUUGAUUUGACCGAGAAUAAGCAAGUGGACGAUGAGACGAAACCGCCAAAAGAAUCUGCACAUAGAAAAGCGACCAGCGGCCCUUUCAUCGACGAAUCAGACAGCGAGGACGAGGACGACAUGGAUGCAUACCGAGAAAUUAAAGAUCAAGAAUAUGCCGAAGACAACCCGAUACCUACAAUAGCACCAAUGAGUGGCGACCACGCCGAGGAUUCAUCUGCCGAGUCUGCGCAGCCGCCAUUGGUAAGAGACACGAGUUAUGCCGAAAAUGAAGACGAAAAUUUUGACGACGAGGAAGAAGAAGAUGAAUUUGUAGGGGAGGAAUUUCGAGAAUCACCAUGGGGGAAUGAGGAUGCAAGUUUGAAAGCGUCGCUUGAAGAUGUCACCGAUGCAAUAAGUCCCGCUGAGGCAGAGGGGAUAUCGGGCAUCGCUGAUUUUACCUGUCCGGCGUGCCAGGGACGAUUAGCCGGGCUCAAUGAACGACAACGAAAUAUACAUGUAAAUGAUUGUUUGGAUGGGAAAACCAGUUCUAUAACGUUACUCGAGUCGGUCCCAACUGAGAUCCUACCGAAGGAGCAAUCACCGACGCCGACAUCGAAACCGACGAGCUCGAAUGCAGGAUUGACGCGGAUUGAACGUGCUGCUAUCGCCCGACCUGCUCAACGCGAUCCCUUUUCAAAAAAAGAUGCCGGCAACCGUACAGCUUUCUCGAAGAUGAUGGCAGGGAAUGCUGAAGACACAGCCUGGGCGGAUGCAGCAGCGCAAGAAGCAUCUUCUCGUGGAAAGCAGGCAUAUCAAAGGACAUGUCCCUUUUACAAGAUUAUGCCAGGGUUUUCAAUCACCGUGGAUGCCUUUCGCUACGGCGCGGUCGAAGGAUGUAAUGCCUACUUUCUCAGCCACUUCCAUAGCGACCACUACAUUGGCCUGAGCAAGUCCUGGUGUCACGGCCCUAUCUACUGCAGUCGCCCGACGGGUAAUCUUGUCCGGCAACAACUCCGAGUUGAUCCCAAGUGGGUCAUCGAUCUCGAAUUUGAAACCACCACUGAGGUGCCCAAUACAGGUGGUGUGCAGGUCACUAUGAUUCAUGCAAACCACUGUCCAGGCAGUUCUUUGUUUUUGUUUGAGAAGAGCUUCGGAAAUGGACCGAACGCUCGUCGACAACGAAUACUCCACUGUGGUGAUUUCCGUGCAUCCCCAGACCAUUUACGCCACCCACUUCUGUGCCCCAACCCGAUGAAUCCAGCUACUGGCCAGCCGCGACAGCAGCGAAUCGAUCAAUGCUAUUUGGACACCACCUAUCUUAGUCCUAAGUAUGCGUUCCCAAGCCAGGCAGAUGUCAUCACGGCAUGCUCCGAACUCUGUGUACGUUUGAACGAAGAGGCUGGCGUGGGACUGGAUCUGGGGAAGGCAACCGGGAGUCUGAUGAACAAGUUCUUGUCGUCAGUGACAGGGAAUGACCAGAAGAAAGACACAUCUCAAGCGAGUGGUCGUCUUUUGGUCGUUAUAGGGACAUACAGUAUUGGCAAAGAGCGAAUCUGUAUGGGCAUUGCCCGAGCCCUAGGAUCUAAGAUCUUUGCUACACCUCCCAAACAGCGUAUUUGCGCCUGUCUAGAAGACCCAGAACUCUCUGCACUUUUGACCACAGACCCAAAAGAAGCCCAGGUGCACAUGCAGACAUUAUUUGAGAUCCGAGCAGAGACAUUGGCCGACUACCUGGAUUCCAUGAAACCGCAUUUUUCUCGCGUAGUAGGAUUUCGUCCAACCGGAUGGUCUUAUCGGCCCCCCGCGGGGCGAAUGCUGGAGAACCCGCCCGUACCGACGGUUCUGCGUGGCGAACACUGGCGGACACCAUUCACGGUAGAACACCUAACACCCCAGCGUGGGAGCACGCGGGAAAGUGCCUGUUUCGGCGUGCCGUAUAGCGAGCAUAGUUCAUUUCGUGAACUUACUAUGUUUUGCUGUGCGUUGCGGAUUGGACGUGUUAUCCCCACAGUUAAUGUGGGGAGUCAGAAGAGCCGGGACAACAUGAAGGCUUGGAUGGAGCGAUGGGAGGGAGAGAAGAAGCGGAAUGGACUAUUCCCUGUAGAGGAUUGGUGA